AUGAACUCGUUCGCCUUUGUAGUUAUCAAUGCCUUUGUCAGUGAGGCUGACACCAAAGGGAAGUUCGUGGCUAUUGUAUCUGCUUUAGACACAGAUAGCGAUCCUGUCACGUACUCUUUUGCUGGCGUAUACCCGAACUUUAGGAUCGACUCCAAAACUGGGAAGAUUUUACUUAGAACUUCCAUAGACAGAGAAACGGUUCCCACUAUUGAUCUCUAUGUUAUAGCUUCUGAUGGACAGAGAAGUGCCACGGCUACGGUGUCUGUAACGGUGGAGGAUGUUAAUGAGACUCCGAUAUUUGUAAAUUCUAAUUAUAAAUUUACAGUGGCAGAGAAUACAAUAACCGGAACUGAUAUUGGAACUGUUCUAGCCGUUGAUGCUGAUGUAGGACCAGGCAAUGGACAAGUCCGUUACAAAAUUCUGUUUGGGAAUGAUAAAUCAUACUUUCAAAUUGACAACACUACUGGACAGAUAACUGUGGCGACUCCAGUAGAUUAUGAGGACUUGCAAACAGCAUUAUUAGUAAUAGAAGCGUCUGACAUGGGGUAUCCAACAUUGUCUGGGGUGUGCAUCGUGUCCAUUCAAAUUCUAGAUAGCAAUGAUAACACACCGCAGUAUAUUGUUCCUUUGGUCGUGUCAAUUGCUGUCUUGAUGGUCGCUUUUAUCAUUGUUGCCAUCUUCAUUUAUUUGGUCUGGAGAAGACGAUGGUGCAGAAAGAAACAAAAAAAAGAUAAUGCAAAGAAGCCACGGGUUCAGUUGACAGAGACCAAACAGGAGGGACACAACAUUCCACUCUUUGAAAAAAGAGGUCAAUCCCAGGUGUCAACAAAACCUACCUCUGGAUGGGAUGAAUCAAAUUCUGCAGUUUCUGUAGUAUCUCCAGUUCCGCAAAAAUCCAACGAGGAGCCAAUCCGAGAACCGGAUAUUGAGUUAGAAAAUUCAGGUUUGGCAGUUUCACCAACAAAGAAAGAUAAUGCAAAAAAGCCACGGGUUCAGUUGACAGAGACCAAACAGGAGGGAAACAACAUUCCACUCUUUGAAAAAAGAGGUCAAUCCCAGGUGUCAACAAAACCUACCUCUGGAUGGGAUGAAUCAAAUUCUGCAGUUUCUGUAGUAUCUCCAGUUCCGCAAAAAUCCAACGAGGAGGCAAUCCGAGAACCGGAUAUUGAUUUAGAGAAUUCAGGUCUGGCGAUUUCACCAACGUUAGUUAGUUUGAAUAAAAUGGUAUUUUGA